AUGUCUGUUGAUCCAAAUCUUCUUACACCUUUUAAGAACACUGGACAAUCAUCUCUCAGACAAAUCUCUGAGGAUGCUUUCUAUGUUGUCAACGAAGUGGUAACCAAGCGCCUUGGACAUGUCCCAAUUCACAAGGGAGAUUUCCACUUGCUUCCUUUGAAAGUUCAAAGAUUCGUAGCCGAGAAGGCUGAAUUGAUGAGACCACGCGGAAUCUACAUUUGCGAUGGUACCCAACAUGAAGCUGAUGAGAUCGUUGACAAGCUUGUCGAACGUGGAAUGCUUUCUCCACUUAAGGCUUAUGAGAACAACUACAUUUGCCGUACUGAUCCAAAAGAUGUUGCUCGUGUAGAAUCCAAGACAUGGAUGGUUACUCCUGAUAAGCAUCAAACUGUUACCCGUACUCCAGAAGGAGUUGAUCCUAUCAUGGGUCACUGGAUGGGACCAGAGGAUUUGAGCACUGAAUUGGACUCUCGCUUCCCUGGAUGUAUGGCCGGUCGUAUUAUGUAUGUUAUCCCAUUCUCCAUGGGUCCAGUUGGUGGACCACUGUCCAAAAUCGGAAUUCAACUCACAGAUUCCAACUACGUCGUUCUCUCCAUGCGUGUUAUGACCCGUGUUAGCCAUGAAGUUUGGGAUGCUCUCGGAGAUAACAACUUUGUCCGUUGUAUUCACUCCGUUGGACUUCCUCGUCCAGUUAAACAACGCGUUGUCAAUCACUGGCCAUGCAAUCCUGAGCGUGUCCUUAUCGCUCAUCGUCCUGCUGAGCGUGAAAUCUGGUCCUUCGGUUCCGGAUAUGGAGGAAACUCUCUUCUUGGAAAGAAGUGCUUUGCCCUCAGAAUCGCCUCAAACAUCGCCAAGGAUGAAGGAUGGAUGGCAGAGCAUAUGCUUAUCAUGGGAGUAACAAGACCAUGUGGAAAGGAACACUUCAUUGCUGCUGCUUUCCCAUCAGCUUGCGGUAAGACCAAUCUUGCUAUGCUUCAGCCUACCCUUCCUGGAUACAAGGUCCGAUGUGUUGGAGAUGAUAUUGCUUGGAUGAAGUUCGGUGAAGAUGGUCGUUUAUACGCCAUCAAUCCCGAAGCCGGUUUCUUCGGAGUUGCUCCAGGAACUUCCAAUAAGACUAACCCUAUGGCCGUUGCUACUUUCCAAAAGAACUCAAUCUUCACCAAUGUUGCCGAGACCGUUAACGGUGAAUACUUCUGGGAAGGACUCGAGGAUGAAAUUCCAGACAAGAACGUCGAGAUGAUCAACUGGCUCGGAGAGAAGUGGAAGAUCGGAGAUGCAGGUGUUGCUGCUCACCCUAACUCUCGUUUCGCUGCUCCAGCCAACCAAUGCCCAAUUAUCCAUCCAGAUUGGGAAAGCCCCAAGGGAGUUCCAAUUGAGGCGAUCAUCUUCGGAGGUCGUCGUCCAAAGGGAGUACCCCUUGUUUUCGAAACCCGCUCUUGGGAACAUGGAGUUUUCGCUGGAGCUUGUCUUAAAUCUGAGGCUACUGCUGCUGCUGAGCACAAGGGUAAGGAUGUUAUGCAUGAUCCUAUGGCUAUGCGUCCAUUCAUGGGUUACAAUUUCGGUCACUACCUCCAACACUGGCUUGACCUCAAGCAAGACAAUAGAAAGAUGCCAAAGAUUUACCACGUCAACUGGUUCCGUCGUGACGCUGAGAACAAGUUCCUCUGGCCCGGAUUCGGAGACAACAUCCGCGUCAUUGAUUGGAUUAUCCGUCGUCUGGACGGUGAUCUGUCCAUUGGAGAGGAGACUGCUGUUGGUAUUGUUCCUAAGAAGGGAUCCAUCAAUACCGAAAACCUUGACCACUUCAACUGGGACGAACUCAUGUCCGUUCCAGGGGAUUACUGGAAGGAUGACGCUGUCGAAGUUAGAAAGUUCUUGGAAACCCAGGUUGGACCCGAUCUCCCAGCUCCAAUUCGUGCUGAGAUGGAUGCUCAAGAAGCUAGAAUUAAUGCCAUAUAA